AUGGCACCUCUUCAUGGCAAGCCGCCAAAGACUCGAUUGGCGGCUGCAGCGGUAGCUGUCACAUUUCUGGCAAACAGAGGUCAAGCUCCGCGAGUCCUUGUAAGAACUCUCCAGUGCUCAGCUUGGAGACCGGUGAGUCACACUGAGCUGGGUGCUUCUCAGGCUAAAGGGCAGUGUCAAACACAGAAGGAGGUUGCGCUGCUCAUCGAUGGAGAUCACAUCGGGCCCCAGUGGUUUCAGUCAGUGACAUGGGCACUGCAGAACAUGACCGGCCAAAGGCCAAAAGUGGCCCUCUGCUUCGGGGCCCCGCAUCUGGCAAGCUCGUGGAAAUCGCACUUGGCUCAGCAUGGGCUUAUCUUCCGAGCUGUUCAGCGGCAGAACACAACAAACGGCCCUGACCCCAACGAUGCUGCAAUAAUCGACGCCGCCAACGCUCUUGUGGCGGCAAAUCCUGACAGUUGCAUCGCCAUCGCAUCCACAGACUCUGAUUUUUUGGGUUAUCAUCUUCAGCUGCAGGAGCGUGGUGUAAGCUCAAUGGCUUUGGUUCCUUACGCUAGUGACGAGAAGCGCUGCGCCCUUUCUGGCGUGCCAGCUUUGCGAUUUCAAAUUCCUUUAGGUUCUCCAAACGAUUUCGCAGCGGCUUUUGAGGCAAGGUUUGGGCAGACCUACGAUGAGGAAGCAGCACGACAAGUCUUCGACGAGGUAGGGCAAGCUCUCCAGGAACUGGGCUACCUGACACCGAAGCAACCUGCAUUCCCAACUGUGAGGUCUCUGGCGACAUUUUUCCAUGCGAAUCGAGUGCAAGAUGUGCAGCUGUAUCCGUGGUGCGUCGCAGCCUUCCUUGCAAGACCACUUCUGGAAGAGGCGAUUCCAAAUCCAGGAGAUCUUUUCUUUUUUGAGGCAAUGGAGGGGCGGAAACGGCCUGGCACGUCGCGCUGGUGCGUGUUGCGCGCAGCAGCUGGUGAGGAGCCUGCAGGUCAUCGCCUGGCAUUUGCUGUUCUCUCAUGGCUCGGCUAUGAGGUGCAGAAAGACCAGCCUGCGGCUCUUUGGGAAGAACUGCGCGCUUUCUGGCGCCGAAAUGGCAAGUCACUGCGGAUCAACUUGAAGCGUGCGAGACAAAUUGCGCCCAUCACUCCGGACAACGAAAAUGAUUGCGAGGAGAGGCUACAAUUUCUGGAUGAGAUCUUCAGGGACAAUGCGGUCCGGCAGCAAUGGCGCGCGCCUCCAGAUGACCGAGAUAGCCGACUCUGGUUCACGGCUCCAACAUGCAGUUCUCUUAUCAGGAAUAACCCUCACUCUUUGAUGGAGUCGAAACUCGGGGAUCAUGCAAACCCUUGCCUAGAAGGCGGUUCAGCCCUUGGAGAUACUCGUAGGUGUGUGUGUGUGUGUGUUGCCUGUUCAAGGCUUACGAGACAAGGCUAUUUGCGAUCAGCAGAUGCUCCACGCGCAGAGGUGAUGUUGGCCAUGUUGGCUUUGCUGCAAGAUCGCGGGAUUGAGAUGCCCAAGCACUCCUACGUUCUGACGCACUGCCUGGCACAAGAGGCGAUCUUGCAAAGAAGCAAUCCCCUCUCCAGAGGUUGA